UCUGCCCUAAUUUCUUUCUCCGCGAGGAGCGCAAGCACCGGAUUUCCAGAUCGGCGCAAGAGCAGCGCCAAGUUCUUUGAAUUUCUUGUCGAUCUAGCUAUGGCGCCCGCGGAGUCCUCCGAUCUCGGCAGCGGCAUCCAAUGCGUGAUGGUGGAUGCAUUCACUGGCGAGGGUUUGAGAGGGAAUCCAGCGGCGGUUUGCGUUCUCUCCUGUGAAGCUGAUCCCAUGUGGAUGCAGCGCGUAGCGACGGAGCUCAAUGUCUCCCAGACAGCGUUCCUUGUGAAGAACAGCAGCGAGGAAGAGAUUUCCCCUUUCGACUAUGAGCUUCGUUGGUUUUCUCCUCGAUGCGAGGUGUCUCUAUGCGGUCAUGGAACUUUGGCCUCGGCUUAUUACCUCUUUGCUACAAAGGCUGUGAAGGGCGACUUGAUUCGAUUCAAUACAAAGUCUGGAGUGUUGCCCGCUCGCAAGAUCGGGACGUCGUCCAGUGAAAGUUUCCAAGUGGAGCUGGAUUUUCCCGUCAUGACAACUUCUCCUUGCGACAAUUCCAACUUCGUCUUGACUGAAACUCUGGGUGGUGCCUCGGUUGUCGCCGUUUCAACGUCUGGACGGGGAGAUCUCAUUCUAGAGCUCUCGUCCGAAGAGCACGUACGGGGCUUAAAACCAGACUUCGACGAGGUUUCGGCUUGCUCUGAUUUUGGACUUCUCGUGACAGCAAAAGCCAGCGCUCAUUCAGCGUAUGAUUUUGUUUCGCGGUUUUUUGCUCCGAGAUUUGCCAUCAACGAGGAUCCAGUUUGUGGAAGUGCUCACUGCGCAUUAGCUCCAUACUGGGCGAAGAAGCUGCUCAAGAACACGCUCUCGGCUUGUCAAGUAUCUGAGCGUGGUGGUAGGCUUGAUUUGCAAGUCAAGUGGGAGAGUAUGCGUGUUUUAAUGCGAGGAGAGGCUGUCAUUCACUAUGGGUAUAAAGAAUAUCCUUUGAAUAUUUAAGUGCCUGCCACCUUUUUGCGCUC